ACAUCAGACUGACAGGUUAGCUUGUUGACAACUACAGUAAACAAGAUUUUACAUUGAAACGAAACCAGUUUUACCUGUGCAACAAGUUGGAUUUAUCAUUUUACAAACCUUAAGUUCUGAAAAAAAUAUCAAGAUGACCAAUCACGUGAUCCUGUUUGUCCUGAUGUGUGUCGUGUCCGUACUAAGCCAAACGAUGCCCUGUCCCAGUGACCAAUGCCGCUGUGAAAAAGGAACGCGUGCUCGAGGGCGUAUCAUCAACUGUCGUGCACGAGGGCUUGCCCAGAUUCCUAGAUUCGAACCGACAGAUGAAAUGUUCUACGAACUCACACUUGCAAACCCAGUAGGUUGUUCCGAGUGUAACAAUAUCACGGUUAUUCCGCCAGGCGCCUUCGCUGGACUUAAAUUCCAGAUACUGGAUUUGAGUGGAAACAAAAUUAGCUACGUGUCCUCGGAGGCAUUUUCACGUCUGGUACCCAUGCUGACGGAGAUCUCUAUUGAAGGGGAUGGGCGGUACCCGCCGCCAUACCAAGAACUGUCCGUUUUGACCAAUCUCCAAACCCUUACUCUCAAGAAUUUUAGCCAGUUGUAUAUGAAUAGAGAAAACACAGAUCUUCAAAACUUGUUGAAUCUAGAAGAGCUCAAUAUCAAGAACAUGGAAAUCUCGCAUAUUUCAGAAAAUGUUUUCCAAAAUCGUCUUCCCAAACUGAAACGUCUUCAGCUCGCGUUUCUUCCCCUUGUUACACUGCCAGUGUCAAGUCUUCGUCAUCUGAGAAAGUUGGAAGUUUUUCGCGCCAUUAGUAUUGACAUAACUGACAUACCUUACAGGGCGUUUUCAAGCUUUCAAAAUCUUAAGGAACUAGAUCUUUCCCACAACGAAAUCAGAGUUAUGACACCCGGAUGUUUCGACGGCAUUGACGACUCUUUGGAAUACCUCGGGCUUCAUCUCAACAAACUGAACGAAAAAAACGUAGGACCUUUGGCAGCCGCGGGAUGGAAAAACUUGAGACAAUUAAAUCUAGGCCACAACAAAAUGACCAGCAUGCCUGUUGGCCUAUUUUUCAACAUGAAUGCGCUUGAAUAUCUUAACCUGGAUUCGAACCAAAUAGCAUUAGUGCAGACAAGUACCUUCCAGGGAUUACAGUCUCUAGACUAUAUGGACCUUUCAUACAAUAAGCUUUCUUCAUUGUCCGCUGGUGCGUUCCUUCACACGCCAAAGCUUACACAGCUCGAUAUAAGGGGAGAAGACACGCCUGUAUUCAAUCUCUCAAGACAAGGGAUCCAGGGACUGGAGAACACACUCGAGGACCUCAUAUUAACAGACACCGUUGUUUACGAGCAGGAUAUGUGGCGGGCUGUAUCGUCCCUUAGUCGACUCCAGGAUUUGAAGUUGGGCGGAACAAAGGUCACUGCCAUUCCGGACUACCAGUUCAUCAACAACCGUAACUUGGUCACUCUCAUGCUGGACAGAAACGGAAUCACCGAUUUGUCACAGAAAACAUUCCAUGGUUUGGAUAGAACUUUGAAAACACUAAAUCUCCAAGGUAACGUUAUCAAAUCCAUUAACAAAUGCGUGUUGACAUCUCUGACUAAUGUCGAAAUGUUGUAUCUCGGCAAAAACCCUCUGAACUGUGAUUGUAAUCUCUUGGCUUUGAAAAACUGGAUUACAACAAGAAUAAGUAAAAAUUUCAUUUUCCAGUACAUGGUGGACGCCAUGUGUCGGGCACCGUCGGCGCUCAAUGGUCGUGAAGUUUGGGAGCUUGACAAUGCUCAACUGACCUGUGGGCCUGAUCGAGCAAUCACUACAUGCGAAACAUUGCCAGAUGUUAUUACAACUACAGAAAUUCCGACUUCUAGAAGCACUCAUGUUACAGAAACAGAUGAAAAUGCUCUGUUUAGAUUCACGAGACUUGUGGAAACACAAAAUACAGUUGAACUCGACUGGUCUUUUAUGGACGAUAGAAUAGUGUCUGGGUCCAAACUGGAAUAUCAACUUCUUGGACAGACUUCGGAAAACAUGGUGAUCGAUUUGUCACCAUCUUUAAAAAACUACGUCAUUUCCGGUUUACGACCGGAUUCGAACUAUUUGCUUUGUCUAAGUGUAGUACCAAGGAGCACACGAUUACCGUCGAUAAGACCAAGAAAAGUGUGUGUCGCUGUCAAGACAUUGACGUGAAACUGUUCACGAACUUAAAUCAUUUUACUUUAUUUGACUCAUUCCCUUUUGUCAAUCGUUCAGGUGUAGUGUAGUUGUUGUUUCGGUUUUAGGGGGACCAAUUGGAAAGAAGACAAAACGUGAUCAUAAAGAUGUUUGUGUUACCUUGGCUUUGGUUGCCUUAGUGACAAACAUCUUUGUGGUCACGAAUUUGAUUUAUUUUGACGAACGAACGCUUUGUUAGCGCGAAUAUUGUAGCCAGCUCUACCCAGUGUUGUCAGUUCCUUACACUGUUAGUGAGUGUUAGGAACGGCAACUCUGGGUAGAUAGAUAUUGUAGGGGAAUGUGUGCCUUUUUAGUCCUUUUGAGACUUUCAUUUUCAAAACGCGUAUUUUUGACUGUGAUCAAAUCACCGUCAAAUGAACUAUUGGUAACUAAAACAGAUGGCAGUUCACUCUAACGAUACCUAUACUAGUUCAGAAAGGUAAAAGGGAGAUUACUCGUCAACUUGUAGAAAAUUGAAGUGAAAUACAUUCCGCUGGACGAUUGUCGGAUUCCGUCAUGAAUAGCAAAACGACCAAAUUUUAAUAACUAAUGUUAUUUUGUGAAAUGUGUUUCAUGCUAAUUUAUUUGCCGGGGCGUUCCCUGAAACUGAAAUAUAUUACGCAUCUUAUGAAAUCCAAUUUUAUAACUAUUGCAGGUGUAUGUGUAUAAACAGUGUGUAUAUAGUUUUCUUUACUAUUUUUAUCUCAUUUUAAUGAGCAGUGAAGACUUCCAAAACGUAUAAACUGCUCACCAUUAUAUUUUAUUUCACAUGUAAACAUAAAUAAUAUAUUCUAUGAAAAAUAUCAUGGCCGACCGGUGCUUGUUUCACUGUGUAGAAUUAUUACCGCAAUAACUUGUUACAAAGAAAUACAUGAUCCAUAGGAACGUUUUCUGAUGGUGUAUGUAUAUGUAUUAUAUGUUACAUUAUUGAGAUAUUUAUGGGGUAAAUGCUUUAUUACAUACUUAGUGUUCUAGUCAUUCUUGUAUCGGUGAAAUGAAAUUAUUAUAAUCAUGAUAUUAAUAUUUUAUAUUUUUUGUAUAUAUUCGUUUUUAUCUUGUUA